AUGAAACUUGCAUUCAAUUCUUCCCCUCAAACACAGCCUGCUCUCAACACCCUCACUAUGUCUUGCCAGAUCUACUCUCGAAACUGCAGCUCAGGCUCCUCCGGAAAUUCCUGCCAUAUCCCUGCCUCCUCCUCCGUUGCCCACUGCUCUACAAAUGUGAGCUGUGGAAAUGCCUUCUGCUUACCCAGCAGCUGUCAAGAUCAUACCUACAUUGAACCAACCAGCUGCCAGCCAACCAACUGUGUGCCCAGCAACUGUGCAACCUCCUGGAGAUCUUCCAGUAUUUACUAUGUACCCAGACCCAGCCUAGGAACCAGUUUUAUUCCUGCUUCUUCCUGUGUUUCCAGCUCCUGCCUCCCAGUAUCCUGUAAACCUCCAAGCUAUGUGUCCAGCAGUUGCCGUCCGCAGAACACCGUGAUCAAUACUUGCCAACCCAUUGGUAGCGUGCUCAGUGCCUACCGCCCUUUGACCUCUCUGCCCAGCAGCUGUCGACCCCAGAGCCUCCUCACUUAUGGAUGCCAACCCGGAGGUUACUUGGCCUGUGGUCCUCAAGCAGUUCAUAUCAUCUCCAGCAGCCCAAGACCUCUGCAGCCUCCAUCCAGCAGCUGUCAACCUGUGACCCAUGUGUAUGGCACAUGUCAUCCAUCUUGCUCUGUCCAGGGAUGCCAGUAG